AUGUCAUGUGCAAGUGACUUCUUAUCAACACUUAUUAUUUCAAAGUUUGCUGCGGUACUAGGAAGUUUCGGUGCAGUGGAAUCUUCAGAGAAACUGUCAGAGGAACUACUUAGUGACAAGCUUCUGAAGGAUGAUGUAGCAUAUCUAACCAGAACGAUAUCCCCCAAUAUCCCAUUCAUAGGGCUCAUAUCUGGUGGCUGUACAACAGCUAAACAUGUAGUUGCCCAUAAGUGGAAUAAAAAGGAGGAACCUGAAGAAGUGUCCGAGGAAACUAAACAUCUUCUAUUACAUACAGAAUGCCACGACUCGGAGGGCCCUACGACUGGGAAGACAUAA